AUGCAAACUAGAAAUACUUUUUCUUGGAUAAAGGAGGAGAUUACUCGAUCCAUUUCCGUAUCGCUCAUGAUCUAUAUAAUAACCGGGGCUUCCAUUUCAAAUGCAUAUCCCAUUUUUGCGCAGCAGGGGUAUGAAAAUCCACGAGAAGCAACUGGGCGUAUUGUAUGUGCCAAUUGCCAUUUAGCGAAUAAACCCGUGGAUAUUGAGGUUCCACAAGCGGUACUUCCUGAUACUGUAUUUGAAGCGGUUGUUAGAAUUCCUUAUGAUAUGCAACUGAAACAAGUUCUUGCUAAUGGUAAGAAAGGGGCUUUGAAUGUGGGUGCUGUUCUUAUUUUACCAGAGGGGUUUGAGUUAGCCCCGCCUGAUCGUAUUUCGCCCGAGAUGAAAGAAAAGAUAGGCAAUCUGUCUUUUCAGAACUACCGCCCCACUAAGAAAAAUAUUCUUGUGAUAGGUCCUGUUCCUGGUAAAAAAUAUAGUGAAAUCACCUUUCCUAUUCUUUCCCCAGACCCUGCUAGUAAUAAGGAUGUUCAUUUCUUAAAAUAUCCCAUAUACGUAGGCGGCAACAGGGGAAGGGGCCAGAUUUAUCCCGACGGGAACAAAAGUAACAAUACUGUUUAUAAUGCUACGGCAGCAGGUAUAGUAAGCAAAAUCAUACGAAAAGAAAAAGGGGGGUACGAAAUAACCAUAACGGAUGCCUUGGAUGGACAUCAAGUGGUUGAUAUUAUCCCCCCAGGACCAGAACUUCUUGUUUCAGAGGGUGAAUCUAUCAAACUCGAUCAACCAUUAACAAUUAAUCCUAAUGUGGGUGGAUUUGGUCAGGGGGAUGCAGAAAUAGUACUUCAAGACCCACUACGCGUCCAAGGUCUUUUGUUCUUCUUGGCAUCUAUUGUUUUUGCACAAAUCUUUUUGGUUCUUAAAAAGAAACAGUUUGAGAAGGUUCAAGUGUCCGAAAUGAAUUUCUAG